UUCAGAGUCUUUCUUUUCCAAAUUUCGAGAAUGACUACCGCGCUUCCAAGACUUGCUGUGCUCAAAGUCCCAACCACAAACACUUAUGUACACCGCACAGACGGCGACGUCGGCUCCGUCGUUGAUGGAGAAAUCGACAUCUUCAGCGAGCUCGUCAAGCUCGAGAUCGAGCGGUCCCAAGCCGCCAGCACACGCGUCCAUCUCCGGUUUUGUUUCAACAACAAAUACUGGCAGAAGAGUGCAGACAACGACUCCAUCGUGGCCAAGUCAAACAAGCCAGAAGAGGACGCCACGAGCCCGUCCUGCACGCUCUUCCAGCCCACCCUCCAGUCGGGCGACAAGCUCUACCUGACUCACGUCCAGACCGGGUGGCGCGUGAUGGUCAACAGCUCCACCGGCGCUCUCUACCUCGACAAAAACGGCGUCGGCACGUCUCUAGCGUGGGUGGGCUGGGAAUCACUGGUCAAGCUCCCCAGCCACGUGGCGUUCAAGGGAAACAACGAGCAAUACCUCAAGGCGUACGAUGGCGACGCCUACUACCUCCAGUUCGGGUCCACUGACCCGAACAACAACCUGUCCGGCCACCUGGUCACCCUGGUGCCGGACGGCCACGUCCGGUUGUAUUCGAACUUCUUUAAACGGUUCUGGCGGAGGGACUCUAGUAAUUGGAUUAAGGUGGAUUCGAGUGACGUGACGGCGAACAACAAGGAGACGCUCUUCUGGCCGGUGAAAUUCGAAGGAAACAUGAUAUGA